AGCCUGUCUGGAAAAUGAAAACACAAAGCAGAGUUAGUUACAAAUACAAGUGAAAAGUUGGAUCGCUGAUUUGGAAAUCGAUAACGCUCUGCUUCUUUUCGAACUAAAAAAGCCUACUGUUGUACCGGAUAUCAGGACAAGAAUACACAUUUACCAUUGUGCUCAGUGAAAUUUUUGUGGGUGAAAUCAAGUCAUUUUUAAUGAAUCUGCUCAACUGGGAGUUUCACAUAUGGGCUAAAAACUUUUCUAUACAGAUUUCGCUCAUAUCAAGUUUGUGAAUUCACAGUGCUGACCAAAAGAAAGCUCUUUGUUUUGAAAAGUGACUUUUGUGUGAGCUUGAGGUGCAUUUGCGAAAUUUUGAAAAAAAUGUAGCUAUUGUAGCUAUAACAAUAAAUGAAGCACAGUUCACACAGAAGUUUUCUGUUGGUCAAUGCUGCUGAGUAACCAAGAACCAGUUGCGAAAUUGGCAUGGGGAAAUCUUUCGACCUCAUACAAAAUUCCCAAUCCCAUAUAGGAAUUCCAAAUCGCGUGGAUUCCUACGAAAAAGCAGCAACAAUUUGGCAAACAGUAGGCUAUUUUAACAUUGGUAGGCCUAUGCUAUUGACAAAAAACAAUGGACCUUUUUUUUUGCCAACGAAUUUUGCUGAAAUUUCGCUCAUGUGUCAAUAUUAAAUAAACACUAGAUAUCCCUAAAUAUUGCUUAAUAAUGUUUUAAUAAAUAUUUUUAAUUACAAAAGAUCUGCUUACUAGAACUAGGCUAUUACAUCAUUAACUGUUAUGCUAAUGUUUUGUUAUUAUUUAUUGUUGCUAUCUUAACUUUAUAUGGCAUUUUUUGUAAUAUGAUAGCUACUGUCCUGUUAAGAAGUGGGAAGAGACUAAUAGUCAGAAUGUGUUUAAUUUUCCAUCGGUGGAGGUCGCCAGCUGUACUGUGCUGGGGCUCAUCUACACUUACUUUCAAGAGUGCCGUCGAUGGGUUUGACUCAAAGCACAGACGCCCACCUAUCCGCUCUCUCCGACUCACUUUCCACCGAGCGCUUCAAAAUGGCGGCCGCUUCAUCCAUCCAGCCGCCGAGCGUGCAUGCGAUACAGCGGGAAAAUUCACCUCACCCGGAGUCCGACAGCCCCGCGAGCCGACAGGAAGAGGACGCAGCAUCCGAGGGGACCACCAUCCUCAGAGAUCUACCGGAACUUGAUCCCGAGGAGAUCGAGAAACGGCUGGAGAAAACUCGCAGAGAGCUGAGCAACAGGAGGAAGAUCCUUAUUAAGAACCUGCCACAGGAUACAACCAACCAGGAGGUCCAUGAAAUUCUACGCGAGUACGAGCUCAAAUACUGUUUUGUGGACCGGAACAAAGGAACAGCCUUCGUAACCCUUCUAAAUGGCGACCAGGCACAGGAUGCCAUCCGAACUCUGCACCAGACAUCAGUCCGAGGCCGUGACAUCACCGUCCAGCUUCAGCCCACGGACUCGCUCCUGUGUGUCACCAACCUGCCCUACACAGUCACUGCCAGCCAGUUUCAGGAGCUGGUGCGCUCCUAUGGCAACAUUGAACGCUGUUUCCUGGUGUACAGCGACCUUACGGGCCACUCCAAAGGCUACGGCUUUGUUGAGUACAUGAAGAAGGACUCGGCCUCCAGGGCACGGUCAGAACUCUUGGGCAAACCUCUGGGCGAUCGUGCACUCAUGGUGCAGUGGGCUGACGUCAACCAGCUGACCUCUGCUGACCACCUCCACUCCAAGUGCCUAUGCGUGGAUCGCCUGACGCUAGACUUUGAAGACUCGGAGGAGCUGGCGCAUAUUUUUUCAGAAAGCUACAAACCCGUCUUCUGCCAGCUGGCUCAGGAUGAGGGAAGUCCAGUGCGGGGUUUCGCUGUGGUGGAGUACGAGACGGCGGAGCAGGCUGAAGCCGUGCUGCUGGAGAUGGACAGACAGCUGAUCCAGGGUCAGGAGAUACGUCUGUCUCUCUGUCCCCCAGGAACCUCUGGACGCAGCACUCUCGCUGCCCUCAUCGCUGCUCAGGGAGUGAUGUUGAGCAAUAAGAAAGGUUUACUGCCUGAACCCAAUCUGGCCCAGUUCCUCAACAGUAUGACCAAUCCUGCUGCUCUCCAGGUCCUUAUGCGACCCUACCCUACCGCCAAACGAGGAGGAAAGUUUGGUCAACCUCACAAUCUCCCCUUCCUGCGUCCACCAUUGACUGCAGCGCUGCUACAGUUAGGAAAAGCACAGCAGAGCGCCAUCCUAGGAAACGGUCUUGUUCUUCAGAAUCUUCUUCACAUGCAGAUGGCCCAACAACAGCUCUUACAGAUCAAAGACAAGCAGCUCACUAAUGUCCCGGGUCUUUUAGGGGACCCUUCCCGGCUGCUCCUGCAAAAAGUUCUGGGUCUUCGAACUCAAGCACCGGUUCCUCUGGGGAAGGGGUUGCUGGGAGAUUCUCCCACAGAGCUGGGCCAAGACUCUUCUCCGGUCACGUCCCAGGGUGGAAACUCUGGGGCUGGAAUGGUGUCACAUGUACCUGGACGUUCACACGCGAGUUCCAUUGCAGAGCAGAAUGACAGAGUCACUGUGACAUGCCUGGCUCCAGAGAAACAGCCUGCACCUCCAGGAACCACAGGAGGCUCUGUAAGCUCCCAAACACAACUGCAAAACUUCCUGCCUGGAAUUAACGCACCAAGUCUGGGACCUUUGCUGGGGAGUACAACACACAAAGCUCCAGCCAACCACCACAGUUCAAGCUUGCAGACUAAUACUUCCGUUACAAGUCAGUCCAGUUGUCAGACAUCUCUGUUGGGAGACCCCCCGAAAGAAGUGAAGUUGCCUUCCAACCCAUAUCUAAACCUGGCUAGUGUGCUUCCUGGAGUGGUACUACAAGCACCCUGCAACAGUAAACCUCAGACUGUGCAGGCACACACUGGGACAUACAGCGCAGUCUUGCCACCUGCCACCCACCCACCCAGUCAAUACAGCUCAGAGACCACUCCUGCAGAAUACACUCACCAAUACACUCAGCAAUACACACAGGAGGCCAUGCAGCAGUGGUACCAACACUACCAAGCACAGACCUACGGCAACACUAGCCAAGAGACGGCUGCAGUUACUGAAUGCACAAAAGAGCAACCUCAGGUGGUGGUCACCUCCUCAUACGGAGACUACAGUUCCUACAUGCAUGCUGUCAGUCAGUACUAUUCUCAGACGCAGAUGAGCCAGACAGCUGCUCAAGUCUACCAGCACCGAGAUGUCAGCAAGGAGGUGGAGGUGGUGAAGACCCCCUUGAGUGGGCCUCUGCACACCUCUCUGAAUGGCACUGCUCAGACCCUGCUGCCCACCUACAGUGCCCUACCCAUCAUGCCUGGCUUCAUCACACCGACGCACACGCAGACACACGCGCCCAGUCCUGCCGCACACACACCCGCCGCAGCCACGGCCACCGACUGGAACAACUACUAUUAUAGUCAGGCUAGAGGACAGAAGCGAGAAUACCCCACACUGCCCACACAGGAAGUGACAUCAGAGGGGCCGUAUGUGGGCCAGCACUCACAGGGUCUUGGGGGCCAGUACGCCGACUACUUCAAGAAGAAGAGGAUCUAACUCGCACUCGCUCUCACUGCUCUCUGUAUGUUGCCGUUGUCAUGUCCAGGCCUUAACUUUUAGUCGAUAACUGAUAUUUAUGAAAAGAUUGUACAUUUUAUUGUGCGUUCCUCUUCUGUGGAUGUGGGUACUGUUGUUAUUUCUGUCCGACGCCAGGCAGGACCUCUUAAGAUUGGGACUCUGUCCCAAAUGAUGAGUUAAGAUAAUUGAUAUUUCUCUUUUUCUGCCUUUUUACCUCUCUCCCAGGCGGGACGCACCAUUCCACUCGAGAGGUGGGGGGGGGGGAUUUCCAUGUCCGUGUCCGUGUUUUACUGUACAAAAGGUUAAGGGCUGAUAAAGAUUGAGCUACACUCAGAGAAUAACAGUUUUCAAAGAUGUUUUUUUUUUUCUGACAGGGUAGGGCAUAGCCAAUGUAUAUUGUAUAUUCUGCUAAAUGAGUGUAUUUUUUACUGUGUACAGACAUUAGGAAUAUUAUUAAUAUUAAUGUCUUGCUUAAUGUGUCACUGUUUAUCUUGACUAUCGAUUUCACUUUCCAAAGUGUACGGAAAACGCGUGUUUGAGGAUUAAUCUUUAACGUGUGUCUCUGUACAUACUGCUGUAUCUGUAGGAACGAUCAGCCAUUCUGAAAACUGCAGGAGCCUUAAAACACGGCGCUCAGAGAAGACAUGGCUAAGGCAAUAACCUCUACCUUCUCUGGAGAAACUACCCCCACAUACGUCAAGGUGACUUUUUCCCCCAGUUGUCAGUGGGGUGACCUCCGAACAACGUUCAGCUACAAUGCUGCCAGUGGUUGCUUUUUAAUAACAGUAUCAGUAAUAAUAAUACAUUAGUAUAGUAGUAGUAAUAAUCUGCUGGAAGGAUGUCAAGGGUUGGAGUGGUUAUGUAUAGGAUAAAACAGCCUUGAUGCAAACACCCACAUGGUAAUAAUCUAACAUAAAGCCUUUAUAUGGAUAUUAGUGGUCUGUUAUUCUGUGGUUUAAUCUCUUUACUUCUUUAAAAGAGAGAGUAUGUAUUUUGGUGAUUUUACGCUGCAAAAAAAAAAAAAAAUCCCGUUUUUAAUUCAUAUCAGUCUUUUUUUAUUUUUGCUAAAAUAUAUGUUAAAAAAGAUUAAUAUACACUAAAGGCAAAAUAUGUGAGAUAUUAAAAUAAUCAAUGUUGGAAGAUUAGUAUUUUGUCAUGUUGCGUGGCAGAUUUUUUUUUGGUCUUUAUGGUCUUAAUUUAGAUACUUAAAACAAGUGACACAAAUCUCCCAAUGGGACAAAUAAAGUCUUAAAGAGAUAGUUCACCAAAUUUAAAAUUCUUUUUUUAUUUACUCAUCUUCAUGUUGUUCGAAACCAUUGCAACCCAACAGAAGGUGUGUGUACGUGCGUUUGUAUAUAUACACACACCUUGAUAUACCUAUGCUUUUGUCAUUUAUUAUUUCUAUGAAUAUACAUAGAAUUGAAAAAAAAAAGAAAAUUAAGUAAAACUGAAAAAUAAAGAUAUUAUAUAUAUGUAUAUGUACUGUCAAACGAUUAAUCAUGAUUAAUCGUAUCCAAAAUAAGUUUUUGUUUACAUAAUAUAUGUGUGGGUGCGGUGUAUAUUUAUUAUGUAUAUAUAAAUACACAUGCAUGUAUGUAUAUAUUUCAGAAAAAUAAGUUAUGGUCAUAUAUUAAAUAUAUUUAUAAUAUAAAUUAUAUGAAUAUAGACAUGUAAAUAUUACUAUUAAUGUAUAUAUUAUUAAAAUGUAUACUGUAUGUGUGUAUUUAUAUAUACAUAAUUAUGCAAACAAAAACUUUUAUUUUGUAUGCGAUUAAUCAUUUGACAGCACUAACAUAUAUAUAAAAUCUUUCUUUUUCAGUUUAUUUUUCCUCUAAUACUUUAUUUGAAUGAGAAUGUUAAUAGUUGUAAGUUUGAGUUACUGAUAACAACACUGCUCUAUACAAAGUCAGCGAGGUCUAAUUUUGUUUUGGACCCCAUUGACAUUUAUUGUGUAUAUGUAUAUAUAUAUAUAUAUAUAUAUAUAUAUAUAAAAUUUUUACACAAUUCGGUUUGUAACAAAGGGGUGAGUAAAUGAUUAAAAAUGAUGUUUCAUUUUUGAAUGAACUAUCCCUUUUACUUUGCACUGAGCUUGUUUUAAGCAUGUUUAGAUAUUAUUAGUGGUAAAUAAGACAGUCAUUAAGAAUUGGAUUUUUUGCAGUACACUGUGUUGGUUGCAGUCUGCCAGCAGAUUGUCAUAAAAGGAGCCGUUGUUUGGCUUUGCUACCACAUAGCACAUACAGGCGUUUGCCUGGUGCGUUCAUCCGUUUAUGAUUAAGGCUGUGUGCCUUUUUUUCUACUCUUUUGAAGCGAUAGUCUCUUGGUUGUUCCCUUUCUGAAAGCCAUUCUUUCACCUCCACAACAGACUGACAACACAUUUGAGGAGGAGCCUGUUAUUGCGUCCUAUUUUGUUUUAUGACAAGUAUAAAGACAAUCCCAAAUUUACAUCGGUACCUGAGGCUCUGCGUCCCACUUUUAGCACAAAAUCACCAUUUAUAAACACAGAGGCCUUUUUUUCCAGGAAACGCUAAAAAACAAGGUUAAGAACAAAAUGUUAAAUGUGAGCAUUUUUAGUUUCCCCUUGUUCUGUGUGCACAAGUUCAAUUCAAAAUCAUACCGGUUGUUUCUAAAUAAUCAGAAAUGGGACUUGUGGCAAAAUGACACUCUACAGGGAUUAUAAAGCACAUGUACUUCUGGUCACCUUCCCAUGAGUCUCCUGUUCUCCAACACUGCUCCAAAUCAAGGCGACUCUGACUCUUUUACCUUGAAAAGAGAGGUUUGAGUUGCUAAAUAAAGUAAAUCAUCUCUUUAAAGUGUUCUUGUUUCUGUAGAAAGGUCUGAAGGAUGGACAAUUGUGCCUAUUUUGCAUUUAUGAACCUUGUAUUUCUUACCAUUUUUGCUGAUGGCCAACAACAUACCGAUUUUCCCCUUGUAUUUCAAGUCGAGACUGUAAUGUAUCUUUCCGAUUCUGCACUUUUACCCCUCUGAAUGUCAUGAACGUGUACGUGUGCACUUGUAUCUCAAAGCUUUGCAAUACUAAAGUGUCUCUUAUUGAUGUAGAAGGUACAGUCACCUGUUCAAACACGCAGGGUUAUCAACACUAUUGUGCUUUGUACACAUAUUGCAGCCUGUUUUUAGUUUAAAAGGUUGUAGUUUCUUCUUUUUUUUUUCCACCUUGAAUUAAGAUUUUGCAAUAUUUUAUAAUCCAAACUCUAUUGAUAUUGCUUUACUGUGAAUAAGCUAUUUUUAGAGACGGUGGAAUUUAAGCAUGCGUAUACUCCUGCAAUACAAGAAAAAAAAAACUUUUUUCCUCUUAUUUUUUUCAGUAGAUGUUUUCAACGCUUUUGAGUAUUUAACAGCAACAAAAAAAAUAUUGUAUUUAUUUUAUGUGAACUUAUGUACAUUUUACCCUGUUGGAUACAAUUUUGUUGUCAUUCUUUUUGAGGAAAAUAGGUUUGGGUUUCAUUUUGAGCAGAUGGAAUUGUUUUGCAUUCCACAUUAAAGGACAGGAAAAUUA